CUGUGAGCAGAGGUGGGGAGAGGUUAGCCAGGCCAUCAUUUCGAGAAACAAUCCUGAUCUUCAACAAAGGAUUAUUUUAUUUACUCAGCCUGAUGCCACUUUUAAAGGUUACCAUGGCAAUUCUUUUAUGCCAUAUGGUAGAGAAACGCUUCUGACCACAAAAGCCCGACGACCUUCCAAUAUGCCCUACACGGACGACCUCUGCUCCUUGGAGGUGCUAGAUGAAGAAACCAUCCUCGAAACCCUCAGACACAGAUACGAAAAGGACAGAUACUAUACAUACAUCGGUGAUAUUCUCAUUGCUUUCAACCCGUGCAAGCCUCUGAAUGUAUACAGCGAAAGGCACCACAAUAACUACAAACAUGUUCUGUCACGCAUGUCCAAACCUCCUCACCUGUUCUGGGUGGCUGACAGGGCCUACAGAAACAUGGUGGAUUCUGGUCAAAACCAGUGCAUCCUGGUUAGUGGCGAGUCCGGUGCUGGAAAGACGGAGUCCACAAAAUACAUCAUCCGGCACCUGAUGCACAUCAGUCCGAGCUCAGACAGGCAACUCCUGGACAAGAUUGUCAAGGUGAAUCCACUUCUGGAAGCUUUUGGGAACGCCGCCACCAACAUGAACAACAACUCGAGUCGUUUCGGAAAGUUUAUCGAGCUGCAUUACAACGAUCAUGGAACUCUACUGGGAGCUAAAAUCGAUGACUACAUUCUGGAGAAGUCUCGAGUUGUUCACCGCUCUGCUGGGGAGAAGAACUUUCACAUCUUCUACGCUCUGUUCGCUGGGAUGUCUCGAGAUCGACUCUUGUACUACUUCCUGGAGGACCCAGACUCGCACAGAAUCAUGAGAGACACUGACCCCACCAAGAGUGUAUACGAAACCCCCGAGGAGUUCCAAUACUACCAGCGGAUGUUUGGGGAUCUCACCUGCCUCAUUUUCCAGAUCGGAUUCACAGAAGAGCAUUUGACUGUGAUCUACAUCAUCCUGGCAUCCAUCCUGCACCUGGCCAACAUCGUCUUCUUGCCCUGCGAAGACACAGAUGGAGUAACAGUAGCGGAUGAGUACCCACUUGCGGCAGUUGUGAAACUACUCGGCAUUGAAAACGAAAUGUCCCUCACAGAGGCUCUAAUCUCUAACGUCAACACCAUCAAAGGCGAGAGAAUCCAAAGCUGGAAAACUCUGAGGGAGGCAAAUGACGGAAGGGAUGCACUUUCUAAGGAAUUGUAUGCGAGACUCUUUGGCUGGAUCGUUGGUCAAGUCAACAGGAAUCUGUGGCCAGAAAACUCGGAAGAACUAAAACUUGUCCGCGGGCCUUCCAUCGGACUGCUAGACAUGUCAGGGUUCGAGAACUUCCAUAGCAACUGCUUCGACCAAUUCCUCAUCAACAUCUCCAACGAGCGUCUCCAGCAGUACUUCAUGGACUACAUCUUCCGUGAGCGGAAAGAGUACGAACUGGAAGGUGUGGAAUGGUCGGACAUCAAUUACAGGUCUAACGAUGAGGUGUUGGACCUGGUCUUCUCGCGUCCUCAUGGCAUCCUGUCUCUACUGGACGAGGAAUCCCAUUUCCCUCAGUCAACAGACUCAACGUUUGUUCAUAAACUCAACAAGUACUGUUCCAAGAGUGAUCGCUACCUUCCCCUGAGGUCUCAAGUUGGAUUCGGUAUACAACAUUAUGCUGAGAAGGUGAUGUACGACGCCAAAGGUUUUCUGGAACGAAACCGUGACAACCUGAGCCAGGACUUAACGCUGUGUCUUCAACAGAGCAACAACGACUUUGUGAAGGACCUUUUCACGGCGUCUCUCUCAGCCACAGGGACCAUAUCAGAUUUCGCAAGCAAGUAUUCUGGUCGUCCGAAACUGCCUUCAGCAUGGCCUGUGAUGAUCGAGGCAGAUCGACUCAAAGUGAAACUAUCAAGAGAGGCUUCUCUAAAAAUAAAGAGAAGAGGUCUCUCCGGUGACAGUAUCCCAAGUACAUCGGGCCGGGCGUCCCCAACUGUUAACAAGCAUCUCAAGAGGUCCUUGUCAGAUUUGAUGUCUAAACUGUCACAAGCUCAGCCGCUGUUUGUCAGAUGCCUCAAGCCCAACAAAAACCUCUCCCCAGCCAAGUUUGACAUAACGCUGGUCCGUAGACAGUUGCUUUGCAACGGUUUGAUGGAAAUUGCACAGCUCCGUAGGGACGGUUAUCCAAUCAGAAUUCGAUAUGAGGAUUUCGCUGAAAGGUACUCUGGUAUAUGUGAUGAAGUGAACUACGAUGCUGAUUCCCUAUCUCGCUGUAAGGAAAUACUGAGGGCCGUGCAUGUGCGUGACUACAGACAGGGAAGGUCCAAGCUUUUCCUAAAAAUGUGGCAUAAGGAACAGCUUGAGACUGCACUGAAGGAAAAGAUCAAAGAGCGAGAGUUUCGCCGCCAGUCCCAAGCCUCCUUACUGACUGUGAUGAGUGACGGGACUACUGAGCCCGAGUACUACCACUCCACCCUCGGCUCUCUGGACAGCGGUAAUGCCUCCUCGGACACAAUUCACACCAUCAUGGAUGCCAACCGAGGGAAGAGGAUGUCCGUUCCAAAUCUUCUCCACGUUCAUUCAACUACGGAUUUCUCCAAACGGAGGAUGUCAAUGGCCAACAUCUCGGGAGAUCUCGUUGGGGGUUCCUUAGACCGGAAACUGUUCCCAACCAAUUUGUCUGCAUGUGACACAGACAGCAGACAACUUUCUGUGGCCGAGACUCUGGAACAGGACUUGAGUGAAAGUGUGUCCAUGGUGGGUACAGAUACACAGAGUCUGUACAACACUAUCGGAGAUACGAAGUGUGCCAUUGGUGGGGACCCAAGGACUAGAGACGAUGGGAACAUCAAGGAACCUCUUCCUGAUCCAGAAGUUACAUGUGAAGACGAGUCAGCAGAAUCAGAUAAGGAGGACGAGGAUGAUCUCUGGCGACCGUACGACGUCUUCCAGGUAUCAGAACGAGAUUUCGAGGACAAUGAUUCCAUAUUCAACAACAUCCUGAAGGUGAUCCGGUUAUUCCUGUACCUCCUUCUGGUGACGUGUAUCCUGGGAGGGACGGUGUCCAGUAGACUGUCCCUACUCCUCAUCACGUCCGGCAUCAGAGACAAAGACAUGGACCGGCGUGGAGAGAGCAUGGUCAUCCUUCUGUUUUGCAUGUGUGUUCCCAUAGCCUGGAACUGGUUUAUGGCGUUCAUGAAGAUUCUUUUCGGAGGAAAGGACUGGCCCUCGAUAAAAACUGUCUUCAUUGUCACGAUACUAGAACUUCUACAGACCUGUGGCUACAGCUUGUUUGUGUUCAAAGUACUUCCAAACACCAACUUCUUCUGGGGCAUUAUUCUGACGUUUUCCAUGUUCCAGAUUCCUAGUCUCCUUAAUGUCAUAAUAACAGAGAAGAAGUUGAAGGCUGAAGUGUGGGACUGUCUGAAGGUAUUCUGUGCAGUACUAGCCUUCGUGACACAGUUUGGCGCAGUGUGUUUCUUCAUGAUGACCAAUUUUAUAACAGAAGGGAAACAUAUUGAAAUAAACGGCGAUAACGACGAGGACAGCAAACAAACUGAGGUCAUAUUCAAGCAAUUUGACUGGCAACUUCCUGUGAGCCUUGUGUUGGUGUCUAUUGGAUGGUGGGAAAAUUUCCUCUGUGGUGAUUGGUCAAUAUUUGGAAAGGUCAAGGUCUCCUUCAAACAAUGGCGAUCUGUGCUACAUGAAGUUCGUGAAACAACUUAUUUCCUGGUCGGCCCUCUGAAGAUCGGUCUGGCCAUUCUUCUGGCUAGAUUUCUCACGAAAGGCAACUUUGUUCUUCCAAUAACGGAUGAGGAUGUAGAGGACAAAUCUAUCCACCAUCUGACAUCCUACAGCUUGAUGUAUCUUCAGAUUGGUUCUGGCAUCGUCGUCACGUACCUAGCUGGGAUGGCGUGCAAGUUGCACAUGCAGAAGACGGCUUUCGCUCUUCCUCUUCUUCUAUCGACGCCAAUAUGCCUGAUGCUGGUAUAUCUCCAGUACCGGUUCAACUUCCUCCCAAGUAACUGGCACGUUGGCGCGUGGUGUUUCCCAGAAGAGUUUAAGGACAUGACACUUUACAUUCCUUUAGGCUGUGCAGGAGUGUUAUGGAUAUCCUACUGUUUCAUCGUCUCUCAUGUCUGGUUCCCUGAAUGCGAAAGAAUGGCUAAGAUUGAAAAACUCUUCGUUACACCCCACUACGACGGAAUUUUCCCCGACUUCAACCUCACGAUGCGACGACGCUGCAACGACAAAGAGGUUCGCAGCAGUCAACGUCUUGCAGGAGAGGGAGGCAAAGUAGACGUGGACGACUACGUUACUCCAAUGGUGUAUGUGUGUGCAACGAUGUGGCAUGAAACGCGACAGGAGAUGACACAGCUACUAAAAUCCUUAUUUCGACUUGACUACAUGCACUGUGCCAGCAGGCUCGCCCAGCAACAGUUCCACAUCAGAGACCCGGACUACUUCGACCUUGAGAUUCACGUCAUCUUUGAUGAUUCCUUCGAGCUGGACGAGGAGAAGGACAGAUUUGUGCCCAACAGUUUCGUACGUCAGCUCAUGGAGGUCAUGGAAGAUGCUGCGAGGUCUGUAGUGAAGGGUCCUAUCAUCAUUCCGUCCCCAGAGAAGGUCAGCACUCCCUAUGGCGGGCGUCUUGUCUGGACAAUGCCUGGACAGACCAAGCUGAUUGUCCACUGCAAGGACAAGAACAAGAUCAGGCACAGGAAGAGAUGGUCACAGUGCAUGUAUCUCUACUACCUGCUGGGCUUUCGCCUCCUCGGGGGGAAGGGAGCCAACAACCAGAUGGAGGAAGAACACAUGGAGGAAGAGAGAAAGCGAGAGGAAGAUCACGUGAGGAACAGGAAGAAGAACAACAAGAAGAAGUCGAAGAAGAAGCCAAAGGGAGUCCCACUUAAGACCUUGCUGAUGCGUAUGCCUCCAGAUAAAUACGAGAAGAUUCUGCAGAAGGCGGAGAGCACAUACAUCCUUACCCUUGAUGGGGAUGUCGAUUUCAGACCCGGAGCUGUCAAACUUUUGAUUGAUCGGAUGAAGAAAAACAGGAAAGUGGGUGCAGUGUGCGGACGAAUUCACCCCAUCGGAUCAGGUCCCAUGGUAUGGUAUCAACAAUUCGAGUACGCUAUUGGUCACUGGCUCCAGAAGGCAGCUGAACAUGUGUUUGGGUGCGUUUUGUGUUGUCCCGGGUGCUUCAGUCUCUUCCGUGGAUCUGCACUCAUGGAUGACAACGUGAUGAAGAUGUACACAACUAAACCCACUGAGGCUCGACACUACAUACAGUUUGAACAAGGUGAAGACCGAUGGCUCUGUACCCUCCUUCUCCAACAAGGUCACCGUAUCGAUUACUGCGCAGGCGCGGACGCCUUGACCUUUGCCCCGGAAACGUUCAACGAGUUUUUCAACCAGCGCAGACGAUGGUCUCCUUCCACUUUGGCCAACAUGAUGGACCUGCUCUCUUCCUGGAAGGACACAGUGAGACUCAAUGACAACAUCAGCCGACCUUACAUCCUGUACCAGUUCAUCCUGAUGGCCUCGACCAUCCUGGCCCCCUCCACUGUCAUCCUGAUGAUCACUGGGUCCUACCACUCAGUGCUUGGUAUCGGGGUCUGGUGGUCCUAUCUUCUGUCCAUGGCUCCUGUAGCAAUUUACAUCUUCAUCUGUAUGACACAAAAGAGUAAUGUUCAGAUUGGUUCUGCUGCAGUCCUCACAGCUAUAUACACAGUCGUCAUGAUGAUAGCAACAGUUGGAACUAUCAUCAGUAUUGCUACGGAGAACUUUAACAGUCCUAAUGUUGUGUUUCUCAGUGGAUUAACUGCCAUCUUUAUCGUUGCCGGUUUGCUUCAUCCGCAAGAGUUCUUCUGUCUGGUGUACGGCGCUCUGUACUUCAUGGUGGUUCCCUCAACCUUCAUUCUUCUGACAGUGUACUACCUGUGCAACCUGAACAACGUCUCAUGGGGAACUCGGGAAGUUCCGAAGAAGCUGACUCCGGAGGAGGCUGAAAUUGCAGCCAAGGCAGAAGAAGAGAAACAGAAGAAAAAGAGUAGGAGCUUCUUCAGCAUCCUCGGACUCAUGACCUUGGUUCAGGAGCUGAGAGACGUCAUCAAAGGUUUAAUGGGUCUUAAGAACGAAAUGGAAAAUGCCAACAAAGAUGAAGAAAAACAAGAGGACAAGAACCCGGAUAAACAGCCAUCUGACAGACAAAAUAGUGCAAGGGCUACAAACAUUCCAAAACGUCCUUCCGGCUGGGAACCCGAUCCGGACAACCCGUAUUGGCUGGAAUGUGAGCAGCUUGGUAAUGGUGGUGUUGAUCAUAUAAACGACGAUGAAACUGAAUUUUGGAGAUACAUCAUAAAGAAAUAUCUCCAACCCUUAGACGAGGACAAAUCCCACAAACAGAAGAUCAAAGAUGACUUGUUGUCCUUGAGGAACAAUGUUGUCUUCAUCUACCUGAUGCUGAACUUUCUCUGGACCAUCAUCACCCUGCAGCUGCAGACCAUGGAGGCACAGUUGAAGACGUUCUACAUCAUCAGCAAAUAUGAACCUCUGUCCCUAAUCUUCCUGUCAGUGUUUGCCAUCGCCCUCGCCCUCCAGUUCUCUAGUAUGUUCAUACACAGGUGGGGCACGUUUCUCCAUCUCAUGUCAAGUACGAGAAUUGAUUGGCUGAAGAAGACUCACACGGAAGAAGACUUCGCAAGGUUUGUGAUCAACGAAACACGACGGCUGCAGACCCUGGAGCCGGAUCUUGAACCUGACCCUGACUACGGCGACGACGACGACAACGAAGAUGCGUUUACGUCGACGUUUAGCGAAACGAACAUUACUGGAGAUGAGCUUUCUCUUCCUGAUCAAGAUUAUUAUGAGACUUUGCAUCAUAUGCGUGAUCAGACAAUACGCAGACUGCGUAACCCCUCCCACACCAGUGUACCGCUGUUACAGACAAUCUUUGAGCAGAAUUUGAAGACUAUGCAAAACCUACAUAAAUAUAGACAUGGGACACUCGCAGUCAGGCACAGUGGCAACAGGUUGAACAGGAGCGAGAGUCACAACCGCCGGGUUUGGCCAAGAGCACAAGAAUUCAGAGACAGGCUUUAUAGCAGAAACAACAAACAUGACUUUGCUGAUGAUAGAUUUAUGGGGGUUCGCAUUGUGUGAUGCUGCCAGAACUACGCCAUCCGUUUAUGUCUUUCUGCUACCCCCUUAUAAUUACGUGUCACUGACGUCAGAAGUAAGUUAAUACAGUUGAAGAUGUGUGUGGACGGGAUCGGCAAUGCAAAUAUCACCCUUCGUUAGCGUUCUUGUAACAUUUCUAACAACCACUCAUGAAAACUGGUAGUUAUAAUUAUAAAGAAAUGAAAUAAUUGUUCUAACGUGUUUUCGGUGAAGUUGGGUGGAGUUUCGAUUUAAUUUUGAUUGUCUUUCAGGACAAAUUUAAUACGACGCAUCUGCAUGGAAAAUAUAUGAAUAGAAUUGGGUGCUAGAUUAGAGUCCAGAAAUCUGUACUAGGAACAGACCUUCAAAACAUUUGGGACCAAAUGCUGUUUUAUAUGGCUCAUCAAUUACCGAACAUCUUUUAAACCAAGCAUUAAGUAAUCGGGAUUAUACAUACGUUAUCAGUUCUGACCGCCACAUUGUGUAAUUGCCAUAUGUUGCUAAAAAGGACAUCCAAUUCUUUUAUAUCACUGUGAUAACACAUGUGGCAUGACAGGUUAACUCUUGUAAUAAACAGGAAUAUAUCAUUGAUUUAUUCAUGACAGAAAAGAAAGGGGCACAAAUUUAUACCAAUUGCAAACCAUUCCAGCAUGUAUUGUUUACUGGGGAUUGUAUCAAGAAGGAUUCGAUCGCCCAAACUAAUAAUAAUAUUCUUGUAUCUUAAUAAUGAGAUGUCUAUUAAUUUAUCUGAUGUUGAUUAUUUAUUGUAUUACAAAUUAUCAAAUUAAUAUAUUUCACACAUUCUUAUGUCUAUAUUUAACUAGUUAACUGUGCCCAUAGUCCUACAACAUCGUAUUUAGUACAUGUGUAUGCUUUACACAGUCCAUGACUAAGAACCUUCAACGAAUAGAAGAUUAUUCAUUUCUGACAUCAUACGACAUGGAAUGGUCCACACUAGUAUAAAAUGUCAGCCAAACCAUUUACGAUGCAUUCUAGUGCUAAACUGUGAAAUAAACGUCUGUAUAUAA